AUGGUUUCCAUUGUGAGAACAUUACCAUCUAUAAGAUCCUUAUUACCCAGAGCAUCAUCAUCUAUCUCCAAAAUCAUGGAUUCUUCUUCCAACGCUGGGAUGGGAGGAUCUCAGAGGCUUUUGGCGCUGGCACAGCAUCUUCGCCAGUACAAGGCCCCGUCUUUCCCUGAAGAUAUUGUGGAGCAGCGCAUUGAAGAAAGUGGUAGCAAGGUUGUUUCGCAGGUGGGUUUUCCCGAAGCAGCAACCCCAGUUGGUCAAAAUUCAGAAAAAUUCAGACCCAAAAAAGCUGCUGUUUUGAUUUGCUUAUUUGAAGGGGAUGAUGGGGAUCUCAGGGUCAUUCUCACUAAGCGCUCUUCCGAGCUCUCUACUCACUCGGGUGAAGUGGCAUUGCCCGGUGGGAAAGCGGAGGAGGGAGAUAAGGAUGAUGGGGACACUGCAAAAAGAGAAGCAAAGGAGGAAAUUGGGUUGGACCCGGAACUUGUCAAUGUUGUUAGUGUUCUUGAACCAUUCUUAUCUAAGCAUCUCCUAAGAGUAGUUCCGGUCAUAGGCAUACUUAAUGACAAGAAAGCAUUCAAACCUGUUCUAAAUCCAGCUGAAGUGGAAGCAGUAUUUGAUGCACCUUUGGAGAUGUUUCUCAAGGAUGAAAAUCGGAGGCAGGAGGAGAGGGAGUGGAUGGGCGAGAAGUAUUUGUUGCAUUUCUUUGACUAUGGUGCUGGGCAUAAAAAAUACCUCAUCUGGGGUUUAACUGCUGGGAUCUUGAUUAGGGCUGCAUCAGUUGUGUAUCAACGGCCACCGGCUUUCCUGGAGCAGAAUCCUAAAUUCAAGGUUCCACAGAAUGUAUCAAAUGAUACUAUACUACCUUGA